ACUGUAAACAACAAUCCUCAUCUGAGCGGAGAAAAUAGAGACGAUAGUUCACACUAAAAAGUUUAUGAAGAUGUUUGAAAGGGAAGUCGAGCUGUGUGCUGUGAAUAUUGCAGUAGGAUAGCUGCUGUCGAUUCGAAAUUGACUCGGUGUCCUUCGGGUUUAAUAAACAACAAUAAACAAACGGAAAUAAACGGUGUUAAAGGCGGCGGCAUGGAGGAAUAUAGCACCACUGUGAGGACAUCCGGAUUCGUUUUGAGUUCGUUGAUGUUUCAGCAUCUGAACAGUGACUGUGAUGUGGAGGGAUUAUUACUCGGUGAGAGUGUCGGAGAGGAGAAAAGCAAAAUCACUGACUCACAGACCGAUCACAUACAAUUCGUGCACACAAUAAAUAUUCAAAAACACAUCACUUGCAGGAGUACACACAGCUUCUACAACAACACCUGUGAAGUGGACAAAGAGAAGAUUAGACAGGUUCUGUCCAAUCUCAAAGAGGAGAAUGUGAUUGGCUGGUAUCGGCAGCGGAGGAACACUAGUCAACAAAUGACUUUAAAAGAGCAGUUGGUUCAUCAGAAUUUGAGGAAGCUGCUGCCACACCAGGAGCUCGUUUUCUUGCUGCUCACGCCGUCUGAGGUGACCAUGUCGCACUCCACCCACCGCCUUGAGUACACAGCCUUCAUAUGGAGCGGCAGUCAGUACAGUAGUAUCCCAGUCUCGGUGAGCAACCUGGGUACACUGGAGCAGCAGGAUUACUGGAGAGUCUCUGCUACAUGUCCCUCUCUGAGUCACUGUCAAUCCAUAAAACAACACAGAGCCAAAUUCUUCUCUUCAGAGCAGGAUCUCCGAGAGGUGGAGAAAGUCAACGACAUGAACGACGCCUUGUUAGAUGAAAUGAAGAGUGCGUGCGUGAGCGUGGAGAAGAGCGAGCGGCGCGUGGAGAAGCUACAGGCCGAGAUCGCAGAGCUCAGAGAAGCCGUCCGAGAGCGAGUGAACAAACAGCAAGACAGUGACAACGUAGAAAGUUCUCCUCAUGAAGGACCCAAGGAGAACGUCCUGCUGUGUGCGGCUCUGAAAGCGCUGUUCCCAGACACGCCGUCAUUACGCAGCCGGACUCUGAGUGUCGAGGGUUUCCCCGUACUGCACAUGUGCUGCACCGAGGAGCACGGCAUCGAUGUUCCCUCCAGACUGCCGCUGAUGCUAGUGCAGUGUGGUCACUCCACGAGGAAGAGGGGCUCGGGUAACAGGACAAAGGGGAAAUUUCAGUCCGCAGGCGUCUCACGGAAAGGUAAAAAGAGGAAGGCGGACACAGAGCAGAGCGAGCCGCUGUCCGAAAACGGGUCUGACACGGAGGUGGAGCUGAGCAGCCCGAACCAAAGCAACUCCCCGGUGUUUUAAAGACUUGUUUAGAUACAAGGAAUAAAACACAACCGACAGGGUGGUGUGAUGUAGCAGAGUUACUGUUACCACCUUGUAGUUGAUUAUUUUCCUAUAACAGCAUAUGGAAUAUUUUAUUUAUCAUAGAUCACUUCCAAACAUUACAAGCAUUAAUUAUUAAAGAAAGACGCAUUAUACUUAUUGUUUUAUAGGUACAUUCAAUAUUGUGGAAAUCCCCCUAAACAAGGUAUUUCAUGUCACUGUAAAAAAAAUUAUAUAUAAUUUUUGUAUACAUUUUAAAUCUGCGUAGCAAAUUCUUCAUGCUUUUUUAAAAUGAUUUCCUGUUUAUUUUGUUCACAUGUAGCUCAGUGGAUGAUUUAUAAAUUAAACAUCCACUUAAUCAGCAUGUGCCAUUAUUCAUUCAUUAAAGAUCAAACUACCUGCUGUUAGUCACAGUUCUGAAAUGUUCCCUGAUUAAUAAUGGAUAAAUUGUCUUUCGUCUUUACAUAUGUAAGUAGUGUAAUAAUGCACGUGUAUUUAUACAGUUGUGCCCAAAAGUUUGCAUACCCCUUGCAGAAUCUGCUAAAUCUUAAUACUGUUAACAAAAUAAGAGGGAUCAUAAAAGUCCCAUGGUUUUUUUAUUAUUAUUUUUUUUUAAGUUUUGUCCUGAAUAAGCUAUUUCACAUAACACAUGUUUACAUAUAGUCCACAAGAUAAUAGGUGAAUUUAUAAAAAUUACCCCGUUCAAACGUUUACAUACCCUUGGUUAUUAAUACUGAGUGUCGUUACCUGGAUGAUCCAUGACUGUGUUUUUUUUUUGUUUUGUGAUCGUUGUUCAUGAGUCCCUUGUUUGUCCUGAGCAGUUAAACUGCCCACUGGUCUUCAGAAAAAUCCUCCAGGUCCUGCACAUUCUUUGCUUUUCCAGCAUCUUCUACAUAUUUGAUUGAUGCUCAAGAAGGCAACACCAUACAUUAAAAGCCAGGGGGAUGUAAACUUUUGAACAGGAUGAUCAGUGUAAAUUGUUAUUUUGUUUAAAGAUCUUUUUUUUCCCAAUUUAGUACUGCCCUUCAGACAUUAAAUUAGAUAAUUAUAUGCCUCCCAGAAGACAAAACACUAACAAUGUACACCGUUCAUCCUGUGAUCCCUCUGAUUUUGUUAACAGUAUUAAGAUUUAGCAGAUUCUUCAAGGGGAACUUGGGCACAACUCAUUAAUUCAUUACUAAAUUCUGGACUGCAAAAAAAGCAAAAUGGAGACACAAAUAAAUCAUUUCCUAUCUAUAACCUAUUAGUAAAAUACAUAAGGGUAUUACAAAUCCAGAGGAUAAAAAGUGUACUAUAGCAAAAAUGAACGCACUAUUCUGAACUAAACUACUGAAUCUUACCACCUUAAUCAUGUUUCAGUGAUUUCAGCCGUGUUGUAUGACAAAGUACAUUCUGCGUCCCAAUUCGCUUACUAUCCAUCCUAAAUAGUAUCCGAGAUUAGAAUGAGAAUGAGUGUGUCCCAGAUCUUAGUAUAUUGAAACGAAUAUCCCAAAGGUACCCGGGUGGUCUACUAUUUCCGGUAGUUUUCCUGCAAACAGGGCGGGCAAGUGUACCGCAUUUACUGAGGUGUAAAUGAAAUGUGGAAACAUAAAUCAUGGGAAUGAUAAAUUAAAUUAUAUAGUGCAAAUCAUAUAAGGAAUAAUGAAUGAAGAGAAGCUCAAAUUUAACAAGGAGUUUGUAAACGGUAACCGUAAAAACUAAAACAACCAAAAAAAGUAAAAACAGUUUUAAAACUAAAAACCAUAAAUGGUGACAUAACUAGUCAACAACGUUCUCUUCUGUUACAUGAGCUGUUCGUAUGUCCCAGUACUUGCAUACUCUUAUGCUACAAACUCAAAAGGUAUGUCGUUUUUCUUCAUAAAAAGAGUACAUACUUUUAGUGCAUAGUAUAAGUAGGCGAAUUGGGACACGGCCAUCAUUUUAAAUCAUAGAUUAAAGCUUUUAACUGAAAAAAAUAGGAUACAGGGAUUUGAUUUCAUGAAUAAAUGAAUUGAGAAUGAAAUAUAUGAAAACGACUUGCUGUAGUAUAUAAUAACUUUAA